CCCGAAUAGUACGGAGCUCUGCCUAGGCAUUGCUAUUCUCCUUACCGCAAGAUAAAACUUAAACCCUUCUUCUCUGCAUACCCCGUUUUAUUUCCAAUUUUAUUUAAAUUAAGAUGGCUUCAUUUUUCAUUUGAAAUGCAUCAAUUUGUGAGAAAUUUCAUCUGGAUCGUUAUGCUAGCAUUCUUCCGGUACGCGGCGCAUCUAUGGCACCCACCUUUAAUCCAAGAGCUGAUUCUUUUGUGGGAUCAUUAUCUGAUGACUAUGUUCUAGUUGAGAAAUUUUGUCUGGGAAAUUACAAGUUUUCACAUGGAGAUGUGAUUGUUUUUCGAUCACCUCACAAUCACAAAGAGAAACAUGUGAAGAGAAUUAUUGGUUCGCCAGUUGACUGGAUUGGAACUCACAGUUCUUAUGAUGUUGUGAAGGUUCUGGAUGGACAUUGUUGGGUCGAGGGAGACAAUCCUUCUUCUAGCAUGGAGUCAAGAACUUAUGGCCCCAUUCCUUUGGGCCUAGUUCAAGGAAGGAUCACCCAUAUUGUAUGGCCUCCUCAAAGACUAGGAGCAGUGAAGAGAAAUAUUUAUGCAGACAGACUUUCUUCUUCCUAAUCAGGUUAUGGUAGUUGAUACUUUUGGUAGCGAGAAUACAUAUUUUCCUUCAUAAUGCUUUAGCAUUUGAUCCAGGCAACAAUUUUUUGGUGAUCCCUUGCUUAAGAACAUUGAGAUUUUGAAAGUUUUAGACUGUUCUGAGAUUUUGUUUAUUAAGCAAGAAUAAGAAAGAAGUAAUCUUUUGGGGACAGUAUUUGUACAUUAUUUAUAUUGUUAAUGGUCAAGUUAAUCAACUCAAUAAUGGAUUUUGAGUUCAAUAUAAUUGAUUUUAAUUCCUGGG